ACCAGGCGUCCCGUCCGCCAUAUUGGGACUUUGUUGGCGCGUGAAGACAGAGGUGUGUACGCUUGUUUUGAAGUAGCGGGCGCGGACGACUGGCGGGAACCAAACCAGCACAAGAGAGGUUCUGAAACGGCCAUGGACCCGGAACUGGACCCGACCCAGGCGGAGAGCGAGCGCGGGGACGUGGACGCCCGCAUCCCGGCUGCGUGCUCGUCGAACGGCAGCGGCGGAGAGGACGACGAGGCGGAGGCUGAGGCUCACGUUCGGGAAGCGGGAGGAUCCGGCGGUCAGCACACGCCGGACCGGACCGGGAUGCACGGCAGGGAACAGGAGGUGUCGGUGGAAAUCGGAGGCACUUACUUGUGCCAACGCGCCGAUAAAACAUGGCACGCAGCAGAGGUCAUUCAGUCCCGGCUAAACGAGCAGGAAGGACGAGAGGAGUUCUACGUUCACUACGUAGGAUUCAACAGACGUCUGGACGAGUGGGUGGGCAAAGCCCGCCUGGCGCUCACCAAGACGGUGAAGGACGCCGUGAGGAAGAGCGUGGAGGUCGGCGGCGUUGGUGACCUUGGCGAACAACCCGAGCGAAAGAUCACACGCAACCAGAAACGCAAACACGAUGAGAUCAACCAUGUGCAGAAGACCUACGCCGAGAUGGACCCCACCACCGCCGCCCUGGAGAAGGAACACGAGGCGAUCACCAAGGUCAAAUACGUGGACAAGAUCCAGAUUGGAAACUUCGAGAUUGACGCCUGGUACUUCUCACCCUUCCCCGAAGACUACGGCAAGCAGCCCAAGCUUUGGAUCUGCGAGUACUGUCUCAAGUACAUGAAGUACGAGAAGACCUUCAGACACCACCUGUCCCACUGCCAGUGGAAGCAGCCCCCAGGCAAGGAGAUCUACAGGAGAAGCAACAUCUCAGUGUACGAGGUGGACGGACGCGACCACAAGAUCUACUGCCAGAACCUGUGUCUGCUGGCCAAGCUCUUCCUGGACCACAAGACGCUCUACUUUGACGUGGAGCCCUUCAUCUUCUACAUCCUCACCGAGGUCAACAAGCAAGGGGCGCACAUCGUGGGUUACUUCUCCAAAGAGAAAGAGUCUCCGGAUGGGAACAACGUGGCGUGCAUCCUCACGCUGCCGCCGUACCAACGCCGCGGCUACGGGAAGUUCCUCAUCGCCUUCAGUUACGAGCUGUCCAAGCUGGAGAGUGCGGUGGGUUCUCCUGAGAAGCCUCUGUCCGAUCUGGGCAAGCUGAGCUACAGAAGCUACUGGUCCUGGGUUCUUCUGGAGAUACUACGAGAUUUUAGAGGAACGCUUUCCAUCAAAGACCUCAGCCAGAUGACCAGCAUCACGCAGAGUGACAUCAUCAGCACGCUGCAGUCUCUCAACAUGGUGAAGUACUGGAAAGGUCAGCACGUCAUCUGUGUGACGCCCAAGCUGGUGGAGGAGCACCUCAAGAGCGCCCAAUACAAGAAGCCGCCCAUCACAGUGGACACCGUGUGCCUGAAGUGGGCCCCUCCCAAAAAUAAACAGGCCAAGUUGUCCAAGAAGUGAGGGGCGGAGCCAUGGAUGUGACAUCACUUCCUCCCACGUGUACAUUUCAAAAUCUAAAGUUUAGUCGCUAUUUUCUUAAAUAAAAACAUUGUUUGACAAAACA